AUCGUGUUCAAUCGCGUGUUGGUUUUCAGUUAAACGUUAGACGGCUUUAUGUGUGAAAUGAUUUCACCACUCAAGUUCGUAGUAUUUUUGCUGGUCAUUCAUAAUUCUGUGGAAAACAAUGAUUUCAGUGCGGGCAGUUUGGACUUCACGGUUAGAUUUUUCAAGAAUUUCUACAACCAAUCGAGUAACUCCAUUGUGUCUCCGAUAUCGGUACGCCUAGCGUUAGCGACUAUUUAUCAAGCAGCAGGUUCGAAGUUGGCACCAGAAAUUCAACAAGCAAUUGAUCUUCAGCAGCAAUCAAAAGAAGAAACAGCAAAAAAUGCACGCAAUUUUAUAGAGCGCAUCAACAACGAUCAUUUACAUGUUUUGUUCAAGGCUUUUAAAAUAAACGAUCAACUAGAGCCAAACUUUGAGAAAGCAAUUCGAGCGGCACUUAGUACAGAUGUUGAAACUGUGGACUUCCAGGAUACUACCCUUCUAUCCGAAACCAUCAAUGAAUGGGUUUCCAAUGCGACUAACAAUAUUAUUCGAGAUUUCGUUGAAGAGCAGUCCCUUGAACCAAACACGGAAUUUAUGCUGAUCAACGCUGUGGCACUAAAGGCCGAAUGGGCCAGCAAGUUUCCCGCAGACGCAACUCGUCAAGUGGCUUUCCAUUACGUCAACGGUGACCGCGAGGUGGACAUGAUGCGCCAGGUAAUGACGGUUCCGUACCGGGUGACGGAAGAUUUUCACGCUGCCGAGUUGGCGUACAGCCAGGAGUCGGAUUUGUCCAUGUGGAUUAUUUUACCCCGAGGUCGGGGAUCGCUGAGAGAUCUCGUUCGAAUGCUUUCACCAGAAAUGAUCGCCGGCAUCCGGCAGGGCAGUAAGACGAUCUUGUUGACUGUUGAAUUGCCACGAUUCUCGAUUCGGAACGAAUUCGAUGUGAGAAAUGUGUUGGAAAAAAUGGGUCAUUCGAAUCUGUUCGAGCUGGCUGACCUGGAAGUGUUCCGUGGAAGGCGAUCGGAAAUUAAUGACAUCUUCCAGAGUGCCGUCAUCGUCGUAGAUGAGGAUGGAACGGAAGCUUCAGCCGCCUCAAGGGUCAACGUGAAAUGGCGCAGUGGGCCACGACCCUUCUUUGCUCAUAAGCCGUUUAUUUUCUUCAUUCAGCAACGCUCGACAAACACGAUCCUAUUCAUCGGACAAUAUUCGAACCACGAAGAUUAAGAAUGCAUUACCCCUUCUGUAACUAACAAUCGACGAACAAUGAAAAUAUACGCGAGAUCACAGGUUGAACGACUUUCACCUGGUAACAUU